AUGGUGCGCUCUGAAUAUGCGGCUUACGUUCUUAACAGAAUGCCAACCCGUUCCAACCCACAGCGGACGUCUCCAGUCGAAAUGUUGACCGGAAAAUCGCGAAGUCUCGUGAAAUUUGUCGUGUUUGAGUCGCAAUGUGAAGUAUUCCGUGAACCCAAAAAGAAUUCGCUGAAGCAGCGCUCCGAAAAGGGAUUAAUUGUGGGAAAGAGCGAUGAGACAAAAGGAUUUCGUGUGUGGCUUCCGCGUGAUCGCAUUGUCAUUACUACACGCCACGUUCGUCGAGUCAAGACGCUUACUGAUGCAGACAAAAAACAAUUGGAGGAGGUCCUAAUUAACGAGACCGAAAUGGAACUAGCAGAAUCAGAGAGCAUUCGCCAAGAUAAGCACGCUAGUGCAGAUCGUCAAGUGACUAUGACGACUCCAAGUGGACAGCUGGGAAGUCAAACUGCGGUGUGCACGGAUGAAAAGCGUGAUGAACCGAUCAAGAACGAACUACGACGGUCCAAGCGUACGUCGAAAAAGUCUUUGCGAAAAUCGGAGGCGGACUUGGAUAAUUCAAUUUUAUUGAAGCCAUCGCGCGAGCUUUUAGAAGCAGUCAAAGCUGCCGUUUAG